AUGCGCGGCAAGCGGAGCUGCCCCGGAGCUGCCCCGGCGCCACGUGCUGUUGAAUUGUGGAAGCUGGAUGAGAAUGAGACACUCAGUGUCAGCAAGUUCUGCAAGUAUAAGCAUGAUGACAUCAUGUCUACAGUCAGUGUGCUGAGCUCUGGCACAAAAGCUGUCAGUGGUAGCAAAGACUUCUGCAUCAAGGUUUGGGACUUUGCUCAGCAAAUGGUUCUGAAUUCAUACCAAGGCUGCAGUGCCUCUGGCUACCUUCCCACCUCCCUGGCUUGGCAUCCGCAGCAGAGUGAAGUCUUUGUCUUUGGUGAUGAGAAUGGGACUGUCUCCCUUGUGGACACCAAGAGUGCAAGCUGUGCCCUCAGCUCAGCUGUGCACUCCCAGUGUGUCACUGGGCUGGUGUUCUCCCCGCACAGUGCUCCCUUCCUGGUCUCUGUUAGUGAAGACUGCUCACUUGCUGUGCUGGACUCAGGCUUUUCUGAGCUGUAA